GAAAAUACUAUGGCAGUGGAAGUAAGCCGUAGUGCACUAUUCUGAGACACUAUCUAGUGCGGAAGUGUGCUCUAGUGAGGUAGUGAACUAUUUUGAUAUACUGUCUCGUGCGGAAGUGUGCAGGUUUGGCCGUUAGUCAGUGCACUAUUCAACAGACGGGAGUGCGCAUUUUGAGACCUGAACAUUUGUAAAAACAACAACAACGACAACAAAAUACAUCAUUCUUCGGAUGUUUUCGUAUACAAAACGGGGCGUGGUUUCUGUUUUUUUUUAGCCAACCACGGUGAAAGAGAAGGAGGGAAGGGGCGGAGCUUUCGCCUAACCGGGAAGCGGAGCGCGAUCCGGAGCAGCGGAGCUGCUCUCUGCCUUCGAACGGAGAUUUUCGGGGCAUCGAGAAUCACAUCCCGGCCUCUCUCUCUCUCUCUUUCUCUCUCUUUUUUAUAAGUAAACAUUCUGGACAUGGCCGACCCAGGAAUGGACAAUGAUGCGGGGGGCGCGCGCGGUUUCGCGAGACAGGGCGCGCUGCGGCAGAAAAACGUGCACGAAGUGAAGGACCACAAGUUCAUCGCGCGCUUCUUCAAGCAGCCCACCUUCUGCAGCCACUGCACCGACUUCAUCUGGGGUUUUGGUAAGCAGGGCUUCCAGUGCCAAGUGUGCGGUUUUGUGGUACACAAACGCUGCCAUGAGUUCGUCACAUUCUCCUGCCCAGGAGCGGACAAGGGGCCGGCAUCAGACGAUCCCCGCAGUAAACACAAAUUUAAGGUACACACAUACUCCAGUCCCACUUUCUGUGACCACUGUGGAUCGCUACUUUAUGGGCUCAUACACCAGGGGAUGAAAUGUGACACCUGCAUGAUGAAUAUUCAUAAGCGGUGCGUGACCAAUGUUCCGAGCCUGUGCGGGACGGAUCACACGGAGAGGAGAGGACGACUGCACAUCAGCGCCGACAUCAAAGAGAAAACUCUGACCGUAACCGUCAGAGAGGCUCGGAACCUGGUGCCGAUGGACCCGAACGGCUUGUCGGACCCAUACGUCAAGCUCAAACUGAUUCCCGACCCCAAGAGCGAAAGCAAGCAGAAAACCAAAACCAUCAAGUGUUCGCUCAACCCCACCUGGAACGAGACGUUCGCAUUCAAUCUGCGUGAGACGGAUAAGGACAGACGUCUGUCUGUGGAAAUCUGGGACUGGGAUCUGACCAGCAGGAAUGACUUCAUGGGUUCUCUCUCGUUUGGCAUCUCCGAGCUCCAAAAGCAAGGGGUCAGUGGCUGGUAUAAGUUGUUGGGCCAAGAAGAAGGCGAAUAUUUUAACGUUCCGGUCCAGCCAGACGGUGAAGACGGUAACGAGGAACUGCGGCAGAAGUUUGAGAGAGCCAGGAUCGGUCCGGGCCAGAAGAACACCGACAGCUCGUCGUCCAACGACAUCUCCAAAUACGACUCCAACGGCAACCAGGAUCGCGUCAAGCUGUCCGAUUUUAACUUCAUCAUGGUGCUGGGAAAAGGCAGCUUCGGAAAGGUGAUGCUCGCCGAGCGCAAAGGAACGGACGAGCUUUACGCCGUGAAGAUCCUGAAGAAGGACGUGGUGAUCCAGGACGAUGACGUGGAGUGCACCAUGGUGGAGAAGAGAGUCCUGGCGCUUUCUGGAAAACCGCCUUUUCUAACACAGCUGCACUCGUGCUUUCAGACUAUGGACCGUCUGUACUUUGUGAUGGAGUACAUUAACGGUGGAGAUCUGAUGUACCAGAUACAGCAAAUGGGGAAGUUUAAGGAGCCGCAUGCUGUGUUCUACGCUGCAGAGAUUGCCAUUGGUCUGUUCUUUCUCCAUUUAAAAGGCAUCAUUUACAGAGACUUGAAGUUGGAUAACGUGAUGCUGGAUUCGGAGGGUCACAUUAAAAUCGCCGACUUCGGCAUGUGCAAGGAGAACAUGAUCGACGGCGUGACUACGAAAACCUUCUGCGGAACUCCGGACUACAUUGCGCCUGAGAUCAUUGCCUAUCAGCCGUACGGGAAGUCUGUGGACUGGUGGGCGUACGGAGUCCUGCUGUACGAGAUGUUAGCAGGACAGCCGCCGUUCGACGGCGAAGACGAAGACGAGCUUUUCCAGUCCAUCAUGGAGCACCACGUUUCCUAUCCCAAAUCCAUGUCUAAAGAAGCCGUGGCUAUAUGCAAGGGCCUGAUGACGAAGCAUCCGGGGAAGCGUUUGGGUUGCGGCCCUGAGGGCGAGCGAGACAUUAAGGAACACGCCUUCUUCCGGUACAUGGACUGGGAGAAGCUGCAGAACAAAGAGGUUCAACCUCCGUUCAAACCCAAAGCAUGCGGUCGAGACGCAGAGAACUUUGACCGUUUUUUCACCCGCCAUCCUCCGGUCCUGACCCCUCCCGACCAGGAAGUGAUUCUUAACCUGGACCAGGACGAGUUCCAGGGUUUCUCGUACAUUAACCCCGAUUUCCCAGCUCAGGAGUCCAAGUAGCCAAUAGCAGCGCGGCGCUUGCACCAAUCAGAUCGGAGAGCCUGAAACGACCGAGACCUAACGAGCCAAUCAGUUUGACCAGUCUGUAUUUACAUUUACGCUUCCGUUUGUUUCCUACGGUUCAUGCUGGUUAAUUAUCUCACACACACACACACACACACACACACACACACACACAUUGCCCUUCUACGGUGUUAUAAACUCGUAAUGUUAUGAGUUGACUACAUGAGAAAUAUAUAUAUGUUUACUUUUUAUUAUUCGGUUAAAAUAAUGAGCGGUCUAUUUGCAUAUCUUUUUGGCGGGGCGGGGUUUAGAAUAUAAAUAUGAUAUAUAUUAUAGAUAAUAUAGAUUAUAAAGUAUACUUUUUUUUUUUUUAAACAAUAUUCGCCAAAAUAUUAAAAGCCACCAAGUUUCAUUAUGUAGGUCAGUCUGUUCCUGGUACUUUUUUUUGUUUGUUUGUUUGUUUGUUUAUUUUGGGCCUUGUUUAUCAAAGCGGAUACGAAGGAGAUUUGUUCGCCGGCGCGUUUGGACGAUUCGCGAAAGUUCAGAAAACCUCCGUAUCCUACGAGAACUUGCGUAAACGUACGUGUUAACCAACCGGUUUUACGUACGGGUUACGCGCCGAGACUUUUCGUAUUAACGACAAAUAGGACGAGCUGUUCGAUCGGGACAAUAAAAAGUAAUGGCACCCUCUGGGAGGAGGAGGAGGAGGAGUUAGCGCGCGUUAGUCCGCGACGGCCGAGCUGCAUUACCGGACGGUCCAGGCGGCGGCGCUCUUCCGUUUCGUUCCGCCGCAAUUUCGUCCGUUUCAGAGUUUUGUGGGCGUGGCUAAACGUAAACGCGCCGUGAGUUCAAGUCGGUAAAACCACUGACGAUUUUGUAGAUCGCAUUAUCGGAGAACGCAGGGAUUUUUUUUACUUCAGUUUGCGUAUGAAACGUAAUCUUGACGCACAACUUGGCUAAGAUCAGUUCAGAUUGAUAAACGAGGCCCAGUGUGAGCACGUGUGUACACACAAAAGUAUGCUAUUUCUUUAUUUCGUCAUAUAUAUAGAUCUCUCUCUCUCUCUCUCUCUCUCUCUCUCUCUCUCUCUCUCUCUGUGCCAAAUCAAAAGUCAGGUCAGGAUCAGACGUUGGUCCUGUGUAAUUUAAUGUAGUUCGUUUACAUCACUGGUUCCCAAACCAGUCCUCGGGGACCGGGUGCGUUUUUUUUUGUUUGUUUGUUUUGUUUUGUUUUUUAAUGUUUUUUGCUUUCCCUCUCUCAGCACACGUGUAUCAGGUGUACAGUGGUGGUGUUUUUUAUUUUGGGUUUGCAUGAACUUGGAUACACUCUUUACACGAGAAGUUUUCAAAAAGUGGUCCCAAAAGUGGUAUUAUUAUUAUUAUUAUUAUUAUUAUGAUGAUGAUGAUGAUUAUGUUUGGGGGUAAAAAUAGAGCGCAUAUCUUUUGUGGUUAGUCCAGCAGUUCUGUGUCGUACAUUAUUCUUGUUAAACCAGAAGCCCUCAAAGUAUUCGAAUGAGAGAAAAUGCAAUCCACUGUGAAGAGAUGGUACAUUUUACAUUUUAAUAUAUAUAUAUAUAUAUACACACACACCAAAUAGUCCAUUUAUGAAUAAACCUUGUUGUUUCGUUUUGUUUUGUUUCUCACACGAUCUGAAAAGCAUCCUCGCCAUACGACACGUUGUUAUUGUGUGCUGAUGAUGUGUUGCUCGGUGAGUUUCUCGCCGCUCUUUAGCGAGAACCUCAUCCUGCGGAGUGACCAACAAAAUAAAGGCAUGGAUACCUUC